AUGAAGAAUGGAGUAAACAAGAGAAUUGAGAAAAGAGUGAGAUUUGGAGAAAAGAGGAAUGAAAGAGACGAAAUGCAGGGAGAGGAGGUAAUUAAGGAGGCUAAGGUAAAGCAAGUAAUUGAGAAGUUUUUUGUGGUCGACAUAACGUCAAUGGAUCUUUUGUUGAAAUCAGUUGGGGCUGGAGUUCGUUUCCACAAUUGUCCAGACUGA